AUGCCUAGGCGAAAUCGAACGGAAAAAAGCUUUCAAACCGGGAUACAAAGGCAGCUGCGAAUCGACCCAUUUCACAAUACUGUGCACCGUAAAAUUUUUCGCGCCAGCAAUUUCCGCAAUUCUCCUGUUCGUAUUCGGGGCCCCGCCCACAUACAUGACCCACUUGUUGGCCUUGAGUUUACCUCUGUUCCAGUGGUGGCCGGUGUUGAGAAUAAGGACGUCGAAUUUGUGAAUAAACCGGAGGCUUGCGGACCAGUAGUAGAGGAUUGUGGUGUUGGUGGUGGGAAAACGGUAGGCCCAGCCGUCGGGCCUGAGGGCACCGCGGGCUUUGACAAGCCCGUAUUCGUGGCCCACAUCGAGGAUGUUGGGACUUUCCUCUCCACCUGUCGCCAUGCACAUCAGGGAUUGGAACUGCUGGCGGCCGAGUGA